CCUCACUCGCCUCUCCAGUCGGUCUCCCUCCCGCGCGAUGGCCUCGGCACUGAGCUAUGUCUCCAAGUUCAAGUCCUUCGCGAUCUUGUUCGUCACCCCGCUACUGCUGCUGCCACUCAUCAUUCUGAUGCCCGCCAAGUUUGUCAGGUGUGCCUACGUCAUCAUCCUCAUGGCCAUUUACUGGUGCACAGAAGUCAUCCCUCUGGCUGUCACCUCCCUCAUGCCUGCCUUGCUUUUCCCACUCUUCAAGAUUCUGGACUCCAAGCAGGUGUGUGUCCAGUACAUGAAAGACACUAACAUGCUGUUCCUGGGCGGCCUCAUCGUGGCCGUGGCUGUGGAGCGCUGGAACCUGCACAAGAGAAUCGCCCUGCGCACGCUCCUCUGGGUGGGGGCCAAGCCUGCACAGCUCAUGCUGGGCUUCAUGGCUGUCACAGCCUUUCUCUCCAUGUGGAUCAGCAACACGGCCACCACAGCCAUGAUGGUCCCUAUUGUGGAGGCCGUGCUGCAGCAGAUGGAGGCCACAAGCACAGCCACCGAGGCCGGCCUGGGGGCCCUGGAGCUGGCAGAAAAGGGCAAGGCCAGUGAGCUGCCAGGAAGCCAAGUGGUUUUUGAAGGCCCUGCUAUGGGGCAGCGGGAGAAUUGUGACAGGAAGAGCAUGUGCAAAGCCAUGACCCUGUGCGUGUGCUACGCCGCCAGCAUCGGAGGCACUGCCACCCUGACCGGGACAGGACCCAACGUGGUGCUCCUGGGCCAGAUGCACGAAUUGUUUCCUGACAGCAAAGAUACCGUGAACUUCGCGUCUUGGUUCGGAUUUGCCUUCCCCAACAUGGUGAUAAUGCUGCUGCUCGCCUGGUUGUGGCUCCAGUGUAUUUACAUGGGAUUCAAUUUUAAAAAGUCCUGGGGCUGCGGGUUGGAGAGGAGGAAUAACGAGAAGGCUGCUUACGAGGUGCUGCAGGAGGAGUACAGGAAGCUGGGCCCCUUCUCCUUCGCCGAGGUCAACGUCCUGCUCUGCUUCUUCCUGCUGGUCAGCCUGUGGUUCUCCCGGGACCCCGGCUUCAUGCCUGGCUGGCUGUCGAUCGCCUGGGCUGAGGGCGAGACACAAUAUGCCUCCGACGCCACUGUGGCCAUCUUUGUGGCCAUGUUGCUAUUCAUUGUGCCUUCGCAGAAGCCCAAGUUCAACUUCUGCAGCCAGACUGAGGAAGAAAGGAAAAUUCCAUUUUAUCCCCCUGCACUGCUGAAUUGGAAGGUGACUCAGGAGAAAGUUCCCUGGGGCAUUGUGCUGCUACUGGGGGGCGGAUUUGCUCUGGCCAAAGGAUGUGAGGUCUCGGGGCUGUCCGAAUGGAUGGGGAAGCAGAUGGAGCCCUUGCACGCGGUGCCCCCAGCGGCUAUCACCUUGAUCUUGUCCUUGCUUGUUGCUGUGUUCACUGAAUGCACAAGCAACGUGGCCACCACCACCCUGUUCCUGCCCAUCUUUGCCUCCAUGUCACGCUCCAUUGGCCUCAAUCCGCUGUACGUCAUGCUCCCCUGUACCCUGAGUGCGUCCUUUGCCUUCAUGCUGCCCGUGGCCACCCCACCUAACGCCAUCGUGUUUGCCUAUGGACACCUCAAGGUUUCUGACAUGGUGAAAACAGGACUAAUGAUGAACGUAAUUGGAGUCUUCUGUGUAUUUCUGGCAGUCAACACGUGGGGGCGGGUCAUAUUUGAUUUGGAUCAUUUCCCGGACUGGGCAAAUGUGACACAUAUUGAGACUUAGGAAGAGCCACGAGACCACAACACAGCCCUGCCCUCCUGAGGAUUCCCGAACCUUCUGGCACACCUUAUAGCAGAGCUUUGGGGUUCACACCCCAAAGUGACACAAUGAUGCCCACACCCCACGGAGACCCAGGCCCAGGUCAUAGCUGGGGUUGGGCAGCUGGAGGGCAGGUUCGGAAGUGAAGGGAGCCUCCCAAGAGGCUGCUGGCAUCCAUCUUUCCCAGGGGCCUGCCAUCAUCUCUGGGACACGCAGGCUGCAGAAGGACCAGGAUGCAGGCUCCUGCCCCACUCAGCCUCAGACUGGCCCCACACUGGGCUCCGGUAUCCACUUGCUUAGCUCCAGAGUCAUCUAAAUGGGAAUCAGAUCCCAGCUUGAGAGGUGAGAAAACUACCUUCCAGAGCCCAUGCCUCUUGUUGCCGAUUUGGGGCUGCCUCGGAUCACUCCUGUCACUUGGAAGGGACAACCCAGCCCCGGGACCGCACAUCUGGUCCUGGGCAGCUUCCCACUGCUGGAGUAAGGGUGGGAAUCAGAGCCUCCUGGAACCACGAGGAGUAUGGCGCCACCACCAAAGGAUGAGGAAUGCGAGUUGGUUACUUACGGACAACAUCACCCACAGCACGCCGUGGGCGAGUCUGCUCCCCUCUUUACCUCGCCCCGUUUUCACUGACAGUUUAGAUCCCUUUCCCAUCUUCCCAGUGCACCGCCUUCAACUCCUAGAGCCCUGUGUUGUCUGGGCCAACAUUCGCUGGGAUCGCCUGGCUUGGGCCCUCUGGCACCCUCUUUUCUCCCAGGCAGGUCAGUUAGGCUCUUCUGGAAGAUGCUUUUCCUGCCAGCCCACACAGCUGGGAUCACACUCCACGUAUGGGCAGCGAUGGCUCCUUUGGGGUCUCGGGUAUCUAGGUCCUCCCUUACCUGUAGGCCCAGAGUGGACACAGCAGUUAAUCACCAAGAGCAGGGUCCCUUCGGAGUUAUUCUGUCCUGCCAGAGUUCAAGCUCCCCCAGGGAAAGCCUUCCCUUCGCUGACGGGCUUUCGCAGCCAUGCUGGGUGGUGACAGCAUUGUUGAGAAGGAGCAGUGCUUGGUGGUCCCUGAGCUGACAGGCCCUGCCCAUGAGUGACUCUACCUGAAGUUGCCGGAGCAAAGACCCCAGAGUGGCUGUGGGAACCCUCAGAAGCCCUAGGAGAGAGACAUCAGCCACACCUACGCUUUUGCCCAUCAACUCCAUUUUCUUUUUGUGGUGCUCCGGAAGAGAGGCAGUAGCCGAUACAUGAGGUCCAUGGAUGACAUUGUUCAGGGCAGCGGAAAGUAUGGGAACCCAAGGGAAUCCCCUCAAGGACCGAGCGUGUACCUGGCCCUCUGGGUCGGAGGAUUCUUGACUGCCCCGUUUACCUCCCAUGGAAAGGUGCACUGUGCUGUCUCCGGCUUUCUGGGGUGGGAGGCAGGCAGAUGAGUGAACACUUACUCACUGGCCACCUCCUGUGUGCCAAGCCUCUCUGUACCUGGUGCAUCCACUACUUAUCUCAUUUGACCUUCGCAGCAGCCCCGUGAGAUAGGCAGGUGUUAUUAUCCUUUGUCUUUCGAGAAUACUGAGGCUAGAGGCCAAGUCACGUGUCCAGAGUCACAUAUCAUGUGAGUGGCACGUAGGGUUGCAAUCCAGAUUUUUGGCCUGCAUGUCCACUAAUCCUUCCUCAUUAAGGGUCUUGGCCUUAUAGGACCCAUAGGGAAAAGUGAGUGGCCAAGAGAAAGUCCACCCCAAGGUCCUUCCUGCUCAGGGAAAAUCGUUAAACAAGAGCCCCGUUUUGCUGCCUCCUUUGAGAUGGGCUCACGACGAUGUUGGAGCACACAGGGCUGAUGUGUGCCUGAAGAAGCAAAGCGUUUGGUUGGAGACAGAAGUACGGAAAUGGCUACCUGCUCCCCAUACCAACCUAACACUGACGCACCCCGCAAUCACAGCUCUUCACACUGCAGCUGUGGAUGUGUGUGCCACAGCCAUCUGAGGGCGCCCCAAGGAUUUGCACUGCCUGCUGGGUCCGGUGCCAGCGCUGGGACUGACCCAGAGCAGGACACUGUAAGUGUGGUUGCUAAAUAAAGAAGUGAUCGGCGUGGUCAGUUAGAUGCACACCUGGUGGUAGUGGGCAAGGUCAGUGAAGGUCAUCCAAGGUGGGCACUGAAAGAUGCGUGGGUCUGGCCAGGCUGAUGGAGGAUGCAAUGGGCAGAGGACUCUACCAGACUCCAUGGGGUUGAGGGCUGACGAGAAAGCUGGGUGGGGGCUUCCGGGGAGCAGGUGCCAUAGUUGAGGAAGCUGAGCAAAGGCUGUUACUAUACAGCUUCUCUUAAAGUCGGCAGGAGUUGCAUUAACAUUUAUGGCCAGUGCCAGUCAGGAUUGCUUUUAGCUGCAAGUAAGAGAAAACCCAGCAAACAGUAGUUUAAACCAUAAGGAUAGUUUACGUCUACUUAACAAGAAGUCUGGAAGUAGACAGCUGCUGGCUUUGGUCCAGCCUCUCUCUCAGGCCAUCAAGAACUUGGGCUCCACCAUCUACUCUGCCAUCCUGAGGGUGUCUUGCCUUUCUCUACUCUCAUGCUUGGCCCUCAUACUACAGAUACAUCUACAUGGAAGGCAGGAAGAAAGCAGUGUGGGGUGGGGUGCGGGCCUGCUGGCGCCUGCUUCAGCUUUCCCUUUUAUUAGGAAAGCAAAAGCUUUCCCAGAAGCCCCGACAGACUUCCCUUUAUGUCUCAUUGGUCAGAACUAGAUCAUACCCCCACCUUUAGGCCAAUCAUGAACAAAGGGCAGUUGGCAUGCUGUUGGAAUACCAUGAGACCAAUUAGGACCCAUCUCUUGGGCUUGGGGAAUUGGCCUGUGUUUCCUGAAAGGAAGAGAUUUCCACCCAGUACAAAAUCUGGGUUCUGGCAGGAAAAAAGAGAGGGGAGCUAUCGGGUAGGUGAUGAACACAGUCUAGUGUUAUGACCCUUUCAGAGGGCUGCCCUUCCUCCAGUCUACUUGAGUGGCUAUGUUUCCAUGGAAUUCAGUAGAAAUAGGUUUUAGGUAGGAAGAGAGUGGAUGGUUGUCUGGUCAAGGGCUCAGUUCUGCUUCCGCUUCUCCUUCUUCCCGGAGACCCACUGGACUGGGAGGCUAAAGUCUGAGUCCUGACAUCUGACACUGAACAAGUCAGUCCACUUUCUGGCCCUCAGUUUCCAUUAGGAAGGGGCUGGACCAGAGGAUCUCUAUGGGCCUGGCCCCAGAGUCGUGGAUCC